GUCGUUUUCUAGCUCCUGAAAAAGGGGGACGGAGGGAGCGGGGGCUGUCGUAGAGACCUGGCAACCCAGUGUACGGUUUCCGCUGCAUCACGCAGUUCUGGUCAAACAUCCUCCGGCGUGUUGUGUCUCCGCUUCAAUCAGGGAUUGUGAUCAGUCAUGGCUGAUGAGGGAUAUGUAGUACGCAUCAGGGGUCUCCCUUGGUCUUGCUCCGUGGAUGAAGUACAGAGGUUUUUCUCAGAUUGCAAAAUUGUCAGCAAUGGAACCGGCAUCCACUUCACCUAUACGAGAGAGGGGCGUCCCAGUGGAGAGGCGUUUGUCGAGUUGGAGACAGAGGAAGACCUGAAGAUUGCCGUGAAGAAGGACAGAGAAACUAUGGGUCACCGAUACGUAGAGGUUUUUAAAUCCAACAAUGUCGAGAUGGACUGGGUCAUGAAGCACACUGGUCCAAACUGUCCAGAAACAGCAGGAGACGGGCUCGUCCGGCUUCGAGGCCUUCCUUUUGGCUGCAGCAAGGAGGAGAUAGUACAGUUUUUCUCAGGGUUGGAAAUCGUGCCAAAUGGGAUAACAUUGCCGGUGGACAUCCAGGGGAGGAGUACGGGGGAGGCCUUCGUGCAGUUUGCUUCACAGGAUAUAGCUGAAAAGGCUCUAAAGAAACACAAGGAAAGAAUAGGGCACAGGUACAUUGAGAUCUUCAAGAGUAGCCGUGCUGAGGUGCGAACCCAUUAUGAACCCCAGCGGAAGCCCAUGGGCAUGCAGAGACCUGGCCCCUACGACCGGCCCUCUGGUGGUCGUGGCUACAACAUGAUGGGCCGAGGGGGAUCCUAUGACAGAAUGCGUCGCGGAGGCUAUGGAGGAGAAACGCUGGAUAGGAUUAGGGUGAAACGUCCUGAUUGUGUGUAUUCAGGUGUAUCAGACGGACGCUAUGGCGAUGGCGGCUCUUCCUUCCAGAGCACAACAGGCCACUGCGUCCACAUGAGGGGCCUGCCAUACAGAGCCACAGAAACAGACAUCUACAAUUUCUUCUCGCCAUUGAAUCCGGUGCGGGUCCAUAUUGAGAUCGGCCCAGAUGGCAGGGUAACUGGGGAGGCGGAUGUAGAGUUUGCAACACAUGAGGAUGCUGUGGCAGCCAUGUCUAAAGACAAAGCAAACAUGCAGCACCGCUACGUGGAGCUGUUCUUGAACUCAACAGCAGGUGGCAGUAACGGAGCCUACGGCAGCCAGAUGAUGGGUGGUAUGGGGAACCAAUCGUCUUACAGCGGCGGCCAGCUGAGCUCAGGGUACUCUGGAGGAUACAGCAGCCAGGGCAACAUGGGGGGCUACAGUGACUAUACGGUUACGCUCUAAAGCACAAAUGAACACCUCCGAGCAACACUGCAGGAAGGUAACCAGGGCGGAAUGGGAAGCAGUUACUACGGCGGCAGUGGAGGAGGAGGAAGCAGAGGCUCUAUGAAUGGACUGGGUGGGGGAUGGGGAAUGUAGAUUUAUUUUUUUUCUGUUUCCCCUUAAUUUGAUGGGUUUUUUUAACUCAGCAUUUUGCUGGAAGGACUGGAAACGCAAGUCUCACCUUGUAAACAUAGGGUAGGGUCAGGUGAGGUUUUGAAAAUAUUGAGGGGUAGGGUUUGUAUUUUUUUUUUUUUUUUUUUUUUUUAACGUGAAUGAUCUUCAGAGAGAAGCGAGGUCAUUGGUGUCACAAAGUGUCAGACAGAAGCCCUGUUUGUCUUCCCCAUUCCUCAGAUUUGACACAACACAGAAACCGUGCUUUAAAUUUUCAUUACCAGGAAGUGUCGUUUUUGUGUUCUCCAAGCACCUGGCUGUUCCUCAAAGUUAAUUCAUCCUGUGCUGAUGGCUUUAACAUUAAUUUCAAUGUCAGAGUGCAUGAACAAAAAAAAACUCAGAAAAAUGUCUAUCUUCUGAUUGUUAGACCUUGUUUCAUCUUCUACAUAGUGUUUAGCCUUUUUUAUUUCCCGUUUAAAAUGUUAUUCUGAAUUUGAGACUUCAUACGGUCAGCGCAUGUUUUGUUUUUCUUAAGGUGUGAUUGUUGAUGUAGCGGUUUCUCUGAAUGAGUGCUAUAUGAACGGCAAAUGAUUUUCAGAUCUGCUGACAUAAAAGGUUUCUACUGCUUCAAAUGCUAUUUGUAUUUCCUGUGCACAAAGUGAAUAAACUAGUCUGGAAUAUCUAAUUGAAACAA